AUGCGUUUCUCCAUCACUUCUACCGUCGCCAUCAUGGGUGGUCUCACUGCCAGUGGAUCAGCCUUCGUGAUUGACACCUUCAGCGACACCAACUGCGGCAGUGUCGUCCAAACAGGAGUCAACAUCUGGGACAACACCUGCGCUACUUGGCCUGAUGGUUUCCGGUCGUUCAAGAUCACGGUCUGGGGGGGUAAUCAUCAGUACGCGUACUUCUUCGCACCCGAUAACUGCGGGAGCCUUCCUGGGGCCAUUGCGCAAGGCUAUGUGGAUUCCACGACGAACAACUUCAAACUUGGAAACUGCUAUCAUUUCUCUGGUGCGUCUGCGAAUGCAAUUGCUUCGUAUGCUGGUUGA